CUUUCAGGGCUUUUUCCCCUUAGUUCUUGAAGCAUGUUCGACAUCUUUUUCGGCUGGAGGAAAGCCUCAAAAUGUAAAAAGCUUGUCAAGCGUGUUCAGUGUCGCUUGAAGCUCUUGAAGAACAAGAGGUUUACGAUUGUGAAACAGCUCCGGGAGGAUCUUGCUCAGCUCAUUAAACUUGGUUAUGAAGAAACUGCUUUUAAUCGGGCUGAGCAGCUUCUUAAAGAUGAGAAUCUAAUGGCAGUCUAUGAUAUGUUGGAUCAGUUCUGUGAAUUUAUCAACAUUCAAUUGUCUUAUAUUCGGAGAAACAAGGACUGCCCGAAUGAUAUCAAUGAAGCAGUUUCUAGCCUUAUAUUCGCUUCUGCAAGAUGUGCCGAACUUCCCGAGCUCACCGCGAUUCGGAAGCUCUUCGGGGAGCGUUACGGGCAUCGGUUCGCUACGUCCGCGGUUGAAUUGCUUCCCGGAAAUCUGGUGAACCGUGAGGUUGUACAUUUGAUAUCCUAAUUGUUGGUUUUUCUUGCCUUUUAUCAUCGAUUGAAUAUU